CCCGUCUUGAAUGGGAGACGGUCGCGGCAUCCACACUAACAUUACACGCACGUGAGUCCCCGACUAACCGCGAUUGUUGCACUGAUCGCGGCCAGGCCACAGUCGGCGCGUCAAGAAUCUAUCGCGGCCUAGGUUGCAGUUCCUUAAAAAAAGUCGCGGCCCUAGUCCAGUGAACACCAGCAAAUGCUGUCUCUCUACUGGAUAUGGGCGCAAUUUCUCGGACUUUCUUAACGGUUUGGACGUCAGUUUUUGUGUUCUGGUGCAAUUCGGAACUUGUGACCGCCAAUCAACAAGCCAAUUCGGAUAAAGGACUUCUCCAAGACUUGGGACUUAGCAUAUUGCCUGACGUAUCAAAGAUAAACAUCAGUUUGGCUGAAUACACAAAGAUGAUGACCAGCUAUCUGGAGACGGUUGAUAACGACGUAAACGCUGAAGAUGGCGAUGACAUCCGUGCUAGACUACUUACAUUCGAUGUAGACAAGAAAAUAUGGUGGAGGCGAAAGCAAGACACGUACAGACUCCGAUUUUCUGUCCCUGCGUCACCUCAAUAUGAAGUGAAAAACGCUCAAUUGAGGUUCCUAGCAGCCCCCCAGACUUCAAAACCAACUACCAUCAGAGUAGAAGUGAACCAAGUGCUCGGAGCUCGAAGAAAGAGAUACCUUGAAGAAAGAACUUUGUACCUGUCUCAGAACCAUACUAAAUGGUGCGAUCUAGAUAUUACCAGUGCUGUGCAGUCUUGGAUGCACGGAGAUAUCAACUUAGGUUUAGACUUAGUUUGCUUAGACUCAAAUUGUGAAGUAGACCCUUUAGAAGCUUAUAUUACGACAAUUGUACAUAAGAAAUCUAGUAGAAUCCGUAGAUCGGUUAUGUAUCGACCUGAAAGGAGGACUGAUUGUCAAAGAGGAAGAAAUAGAGAAAAGGGUAAGAGGAAAUGUUGUAGACAGAAUAUGAAAGUGAAUUUCAAAAAACUAGAUAUCCCGGAGAUGAAUUUCAUAAUGGAGCCAAAAGUGUAUGAGGCAGGAUAUUGUUACGGACUAUGCCCUCCAAACUACAAUCAUGCUACUAAUCACUCACGGAUCCAAAGUCUGAUGCACCAAAUGGAAAAAAGCAAUCCUUCCAGUGCUAAGCGGAGGAUUCCUAAAGCCUGUUGUGCACCAUCAAAACUAGGACCGCUAGAUAUUCUUUUAGUGAAUAAAGAUAACCCCACGAAACUGAUGUUGGAAAAGUGGGAUAACAUGGUGGUGAUAGAAUGCGCUUGCUCCUAGAAUUAGUCAAGUGGUCAGUAAUCAGGAAAUCAGUAUUAUAAUCAAAUAGGAUUGAAAAAGAAAUACGCGAUGUGGUCAAAGAAAUUUUGGGAAUAGCUAGAUGAAGUGUCAUUUCCAUCAACAAUACUGUUUGCUUGUCAGUUCCCACAUAAGUGGAAGCACUGUGAUCGUGGAAUUUUUCCAAUCUCAUACAAUGUUUUGUGGAAUUCAUAUUACGAAAAAAAUGUCACUCAUAUCCUUAGGUAUGUAAUGUAAUCACUUUCCAAGACGCAUUGAUCAUAUUUCUAAGGAGCUUGCGCAUUUUUUAAUUUGUGGAUACUUCAAUGAUCCCUAGCGGAUUUUUUCCUAUCUAAAGUUGUUACGUAUUUUCAUUAUGCUCAAAGAAUUUGUCAAACCACUCUUCCAGGAUGUUCAAUAUUUUUAUCUACAUGGCACUGCAUUCGUUUUUGUACAGCAACAAAGUGCUGAUUUGAAUCUUAAUCCUGGGAAAUAAUUUUAUUGGAACAGGUACAGGGUGAGUUCUAAGUAUGUAAUCGGUCAAUGGUUCCGUUACAGGGUGAUUCAAAGUUACGUGGCAAUACAAGAAUGCAUCUGUAUACUUUGGUAUAUUCGGGAAGACAUAUUCAAAGUAAAAAGUUUUAUGUAGCAUACUGUAAGGUUUGGAUCGCUACUUCUGAAAUUGUGGGAUAUCUUGCUCAAGAAGAACAUUCAACUUUGACAGUUUUUAAGUCAUAUUUCAUCUAUACGAGAUGCAUAAAUUUUGGUCGUUUUUUUUUUAAAUUUUGUGAAAUGCAUCUGUGUGUUGCCACGUAGUUAUGAAUCACCCUGUAGUGAACGGCAUAUUUUUCAUGGAAUGACCGCGUAUUUGCCUUUCGUUUUCUUUUCAAAGAGAUUUUAUAAUAUCGACCGAUAACACACUAAAAACUAAUUCUGUGUAGGAUAAUAAAAUUGAGCAUCUUUAUGCAAUAGGAAUUUAUGUAGUUAUUCGAAUUUGUAUGAUACAGUUGCACAAAAUGUAUCAAAAUUGUCACGCUUAAAGCAAUUCGCAAUUGUCUUUUCAGCAUAUUUACAAAAAAUCAGUAUAGCUCAAAACACUCAUCUCAAAAAAAUUUUAAACGAAAAAGUGGAACACAUACGAUGAAAUUGAUCUCUUCGUUUACUGAGUAACCGAGUUACAGUUCAUGUUUUCUGCAUUUUGAAGAUGUUGCCCAGUGAAAUUAGGACCACACUGCAGAAGUUAAUGCGGAAUAUUUCAAUUUACAACUACUGCAAAACAUCAAAUCGAUUUUUUCUCCAAUUUAUUUGUCGAGCUAUAACGGUUAUUAUCUUGUGCAAUAACGUCCUUCAAAGGUUUGUAACGGCUGGAAUAUAGUAGCAAAUUAUUCUAUUUCUACUGGGCUAUGAUAUGUAAAUUGUCAAAAUCACAAACUUAGUAUUUAGAUGUAUAGUGAAAUUGUUGAAUGUAUGAAUCCAAUGUAUGUAAUGUUUGCCUGCUCUACUAAUUUAUAUGUAUUAUAGUUCUUAGUAUAUGAUGUAGGCCAUUGUCAAGGUUGAAUCUUACACAAGACCUGAGAGAAUAAGUAUCUGUAUAAUGUAUGUUUUGAAAUUCCUGAAAAAAAUAUUCUUCGGAAGGCAGUUCCUAUAGAAGGCUAUGUUUCUUCCGUCUUCAGAGUUAGUAUAGACUCAACCGUGAAGAAUUAAUGUUGCAACUAUUUAAUGUAUUUUGUACGGGUUGAACUGAGCAUUUUUUACAUUUUUACUGUGAUAUAAUUUAAUCAUCAUUUUUCAUGUGUGUAGUAUUGGAAGUAUUAUUUUUCUCUGUUCAUUUUUAUAUAUUUAAUUUUUUAUAAAGUGUAUUUUAU